AUGCACGCUUCCGCCAACUCCGACUACCUGGAUGCGGCGCUAGUGGCGUUGAUGUGGUACCUCUACGGUCGUGGUUCUGAGGCUGAGCAAUUGGAGAAAGCCCCGUUGUGUGUAUACCCCGGCGGUAUGAUAUUUCUCCGCUUUAAGCGUGUGAAGACUGCUUCGCAACAGGGAAUCUCCCUGUUUAAGGAUCCUAACGAUCCCUUCACGUGCCCGUUACACGUGCUAGCUGUCGCUCUCGCCCGUCAACCCGCUCCAGGAACUCGCAUCUUCUCGCAAUUUGCUGCCGUACCUGCGCUGUCCGCGUCCGACGACCAAGACGACGAUGGCGAGCUGAGGCUGAUUGCGCAGCUAGACCGCGAGCUUGCGGAAGCACCUACAUGCAAGACUCCACAGCCAUGUCGAGCCAACUCGGCCCCUGGUGCCCAAGCUUAUAUGAAUAGACUAUUAGUCACGGUUAGUGGGCUGCCAGCAGCAAAGGAGAGUGGACUCACGAAGGGACUUACCUCGCACUCCUUCAGAAGAGGUGGGGUCAUGCACGCCAACGCCGACAGUCGCAUUAGCCCGAACUGGGUUGUUGAACACGGGGGCUGGAAUAUGUCGCGCGUGAGCAAGGCGUUUUCCUACAUGCUGAACACAACACAUGAAGAUCAACAAGUUGCGCGCCAAUUGAGCGGGUGGAACCCGCAAGCAGGCGCCCGACUUCCAGACCUUACCGCCCUGGACGGAGUUGUCCGAGCGCGCGUGGAGAAGCUGCAGGAUCUCCUCUUCGCUGCUGUGCUCGAAGUGUUGAUGGCGACCUUGAUCCUUCACUUCCCCGAGAUGGACCGCCAUCGCUUGGAUAGCCCGUACGUCCGUCGCAUUCAUGAAGCCCUUGGUGUCCUCAACAUACAAGCCUCCGAGCUGUUGGCAUGGUCGAUCACCCUCCGAGCUGCAUUCAAUCCACCGGCAGAAGAGAAACAAGAAACAGUGGCCGAGUCCUCUCAAAACAUGUUCCGUAUUCUCGAAAAGCUGUCGCAGCAGCUCGACGAGCUAUUGCUCCGCCAAACACGCAAAACAAACACUACCGAGCAGCAGCACGAAGACGUUGAGCAGUCGCAGCCAAAGCGCGCGCGCAAACGUGCCUCCAAAGCGCUAUCGACAGUGGUUCACUGCUGUACCACGCAUCUGCACCCGGCCUCGCCAGCGUACAAGGCGGAGGUCCACGCUGUGGGAGUCGAAGCCGAGAAGAAGACGCUUGAAUACUUGGGUGCACAAGGCUCACAGGCUGUAGCCGUUGGCUCGGUCGUCAAAGCCAUGCGUGCGCUUCACAAAGCAGGCCACCUUUCCGUCCUCCUUGACCAGUUUCGCGAGCGCUACUAUGAAGGCGAAGUCGUCGACCUGACACCCAAUUCCGCCCUUCCGCCAUUCCUGCGCUUCACCUAA